UUACGUUUCAAUAGGUCUAAGCCCAGUGUUUAAAUUCCCGCCCUAUUAACCCUUAGUGAGAAAUUUGAUUGGACAUAUUAGCUGUCUGCGGCUACCGGUAAUGACGUUUGUUUACGUGACGUCAGUCGCACGUUCCCCCACGCUCCCCUGUAGAUUUAGCUGGUCGGAAUUUUAUUGGGAAGAGCUGGGUAACCCGGAUGUUUUAGUGUUAGAUGAUUCCAGUUUCCCUUAAAGAAGAUGGCCGCUGCAGCCUACUCGUUAAAGCAGCAGUACAAUCACUUGACCCGUAGUCCUAAAGAAUACUCCAAACACGAUACUCCAUCUGCAAGCUCCUAUGUCAUGUAUCCAAGAGGAAAACCAUUCAUUAAUUCCGAAAUACAGCGUUCUCCAGAGAAACCAAUUUUUGCCUACCCAGAAAGUAACAGCAGAGCUAUAUUUUCUGCUUUAAAGAAUCUUCAAGAAAAAAUACAUAAACUAGAACUGGAACGGACAAAUGCUGAAGAAAACAUAAAGCGUCUAUCAAAGGAAACGUUCGAACACAAAUAUCACCAGGGCAAACAAAGUCUAGAUAAAGACAGUCAGAAGGAUAAUUUGCCAAGACAGAAUAAAGAUCUGUCGAGCCAAUUAUCAGCUGCAGAAUCUCGGUGCAAACUUUUGGAGAAACAGCUGGAGUACAUGAGAAAAUUGAUGCGGAAUGCAGAAAGUGAAAGAACUUCAGUACUGGAGAAACAGAUCUCACUUGAAGCGGAUCAAAGCCUUGAAAAAUUACAAUUCCAAGCCAAACUGCAGAAAUUAGACAUGUUGGAGCAAGAAUAUCUCAAACUUACUACAAUGCAAGUAAUGGCAGAGAAAAAAAUCCGUGAAAUAGAAUACAAGCUUAAAGAAGAGGAACAUCAGCGCAAAUUGAUGCAAGAAAAAGCUGCUCAGCUUCAAACUAGCUUGGAAACCAACAGAAUUUUACUCCAUUCUUUAACACCUCCUAAAAAAGAAAUUGGAGCAAAUAGGAAGACUCCACCUUUAGACAAGAAACCCAGUCAUUCUCAUACUCAACCUCACUACAGAUUAUGUCUGGACGAUGUUCCUUUCGUUGCUGGAAAGUCUACAAGUCCGAGUCAUUCUGUUCGAGCAAAUGUCCAACAUGUCUUGCAGCUGAUGAAGCAACACAAUAAAGCUUUUUGUAAUGAGCGCGUUAUCAGUGACCAACCACUAGAGUGUUGUGACAGAAGAGAGACCUACGUGAGGUGGGCACCUAACACCACAUCUACAAAUUCUUACCAAGAACUUUCUGAUGUUUUGAUUACUCUGGAGGAUGAAUUCGGGCAGAUGAGUUUUGAUCAUCAACAACUGGUGAAGCAGAUGCAAGAGGCACACUCAGAUCAAUUGAAAUAUGACCUAGAAAGAGAACUAGAGUUUCUGGUGAGAAAGAUGGAAGCUAAAGCGGAUCAAAUAACAAAAGUCCGGAAACACCAGACAAUGCUUGAAAAACUGGUGCAAAGCGCAAGGAUUAAAAAGAAAGUGACACUAGAGGUAACGGCUAAAGACGGAAAAUUCUUAAAAGAAGGUAAAGAAACUGCAACAACCAGGUCAAAUCCAAAGAAAGCAAAACCCGGGGAGAAUCAAAGGAAAAGUCUUCAGUUAUUAAAGGAUAUGCAAACUAUUCAGACUUCUCUACGAAAAGAUGAUAUAAGCUGGGACUACUGACUUCCCGCAAAAUGCAACAAUUGUCUCAGGGAACAUCAGUGAACUAUUUAACCAUGGCUUCACUUAAAGCCCUUUUUCACAUUUUUUCUUGAGUCUUUUAGUACAUAAACUGUUUCAGUCUUCGUGGCAGAAAUAGAACUGAAAACCGCUUUUAAUUGGAAACCUAAUAGCGAUUUAAUUUCACAACUUUAUUGUACUUGAGUUUGUUUCCUUCAGACAAUUAUCAAGCAAAAUACUUGUACAGACAUUUUAAACCUGAAAAGUUGAAUGUCUCUAAAUUUUACAAAGACUGCCUUACAUGUUGAAAAAUGUAUAACUAAUGCACAAAAAAAAGGUUUUAUGCAGGGCAUGAACAUCCUUUAAGGGAUUUAAAAUACUUCAAAUAAACUUGAAUAAAUGCACAAAUUUCUUUUGCCUUAAAGUUGAAUGAAUGCUUUAUUAGCAGAAUCUUUGUUAUUCCUCUAAUGCAAGGAGGGAGUAGUUACAGGGUGUUAUUGACAACUUGUAUUUCUUUUUCGUUAACUGCCCCAUCUCCCCCACACGUUGUGUAGCUUUUGGAUAUGUGCGUUCUUUUGCGGCAGAAGGCAUCUCUCAUGUUGUUCUGCUAUUUUCGUAGCUGAAUUUAUUCCUGUGAAACUGCCACACACUAAGAUCUGUGCAAAUCCAUAACUUGGUAUGUAGCAGUUUCACAUGAAUAAAUUCAGCUCCGUAAACGGCAGAACUUUACAAGCAGCCACCUUCUUUAGCAUUCGGAAGUAUCUGAAACCCCAGAAUGCACAUAUCUAGUAGCUUGUAUUCUCUUUAAGGGACGUGAAACACAAAGUUUACAAUUUAUGUCGUUUUAAAUAACUUUCAAAUUUAUUUAUUUUUAUUUGUUUUGUUCUUUUUGUGGCCCUUGUUGAAAACUAUGCCUAGCUAGGCUCAGAAGCUGCUUAUUGGUGGCUGCACAUAUAUGCCUUUUUGUUAUUGGUUUUCAGCUAUCACCUAGUAGUGUAUUACUGCUCCUUCUACAAAGAAUUCAAAGAGAAUGAAGCAAAAUAGUUAACAGAAGUAAAUUGGAAAGUUUGUUUUAAUAUUAUUUGCUCUAUCUGAAUCAUGACCGAAAAAUGUUGGGUUUUAUGCCCCUUUAAAGGAACAAUUAACAAUUCUUUUGUGCAAAAAUUGUGCAUUGCUCCUCACUCCAUAAAGAGGCCAAAACGCAAAAUCUGUCAACCUAGGUUUUCAAAAUGCUGCAAAUUGCCUACACCAGCUGAGCAUAAAAGAAGCAAAAAUGUUACACAAAUAUAAAACGUGAUUAAUGUUCUUUUUCUGGUUUGUGAACCUCUAUGCAUUUACCUUUUAUCAGUGUGGGGAUUGGUUAGCAGUGGUCGUUUUUGUUCUGGGAGAUGGGGAAGUCAUUUGACAAAACAUAGCUGUACUACAUUUUGUAAAAUGCUUUUUAAUGUAUGAAGCUGUAAUAUCUUUUUAGAUACAAAAAAAUAUAUCUUUAAUCCCAGAAUGACUGUUGCUAAUACUCUACUUUUCCAUUUCUUAUCUUCAAAUAUAAAACACGUUCCUGCUAUAUUUAGAGAGGCCUAUUACAUGAACAUGUGACUUAUUCUUGUAAAUACAGGGUAAUUAUAUUUGUUGAAUGCACCAGGGUCGUCUAUUGAAAAUACAAAAGAUGUUUGUUUUUAAUUCUCCUCUACCUGUACAUACGACCUAUUUUUGUUUUUUUAUAUAAAAUGAAAUAUUGCUUUCUUGAUGUUGUCCAGUUCUAUUUGAUGUUACUUUUUUAUAGAACAGCAGUCUUUCUGCAACAAUCAUGUACAUGGUUCAAGGCAGCUGCGUUCUGUCUUGUGAAAUGAGAUAGCACCUGUGUGUAUGUGUGUGCGUUUUGAGUGUAGCUUUGAAACUAAGUGUGAACAGAUAUAAUAUAUAAUGCAGAUACAUUGAAUAUUUUCGUAUUUUUGAAAUAGAAAUAAAAGUCUGGUGCAUUUUA